AAUAAGUGUUACCGUUCUUGUUUAUUUCAAUACUUUUUAACAAAAUUAAUUUGAUUUAUAAUGAAAAACUAUCAUUAAAUUAAAUAUUAUAAAUUAUAGUUUUAGUGCGAGAAGUUUUAGUUCAAAUGUUAGUGUAUUUUGUGGUGUAAUACGAAGCGAAACGUUUCCAUGGGCGUUAACUUCAGUAUAAUAAAAUUUUAACUAGACAAUGCCUGUCUGGGAGAUAUAUAAAAAAAUUAAAAAGAGGAUAUGAUCAUAAAAAGAUAAGCAAGAAAAGCAAGAUGCUCAAACAAUGUUUUUUACAUAUAUUGUUUGUCUGCACCAAAUCAGAUACAGUUCUGGUAGCUAAUCAAGACUGAAUAAUGAAGCUCUCACUUACAUGUAUAAGUUUAGCCACCAUAUUGCAUCUGUGCAUAGCGCAGGACUAUGUACCUCCUACGUAUAACACAGGACAAUCAACUGAUGUGAACCAAAAUGAUCCAAACUUUAGAUAUCAAAACAGGAAUCAGUAUGAUAACAGGAAUCCCUACGACCCUAAUAGAAGGUACAAUGGAAAUGAUCCGUACCAAAAUAUGUAUGGUCCCGGAGAGUCAAAACCGAGCUACAAUACUGGUGCAAAAAACGCUCCUUUAGAACACGAUAGUGUCAUUAUUAAUGAAGCUACGUACUUCAUAGUGGCGUCCCGUAUAGUCCGCCCGGGUCAAAUAUACAAGAUAUCGGCAAAUAUUCUUCAAGCGCGAAUGCAGAUGACAGUUAAAGCAUCCAUCGCCAGGGAUGGUGUGGAGAUCGCUAACGUCGCGCAGAGGGUUAACGAGGGUGUACCUGAAAUACUCAAUAUUAGGGUACCGCCUAAUUCAGUGCCUGGUGAUUAUAAGCUGCACAUCGAAGGGCUGUACCUGGACAACCCGUUUGGAGGGCGAGCAUUCUUCAAUGAAUCCCAACUGGUGUUCUCCAAGAGGUUCAUGACAAUAUUCAUACAGAUGGACAAGCCUGUUUACAUGCAGGGACAGAUAGUUCGUUUCCGCGCCAUACCAAUCAACACUGAGCUGAAGGCGUUCGGUCGCGCCAUCGACGUGUUCAUACUGGACCCCAACAGGCGGAUCAUGAAGCGCUGGCUGUCUAGACAGAGUAACUUCGGCACCGUGAGUCUUCACUACCAGCUCUCUGACCAGCCGCUGUUCGGCGAAUGGACAAUCCGCGUGGAGGCGCUUGGUCAGAUCGAAGAGUCGCAUUUCCUUGUCGAAGAAUACUAUCAGACACGGUUUGAAGUGAAUGUAACAAUGCCAGCGUUCUUCUUCAACACGGACCCAUACAUCCACGGGCGCAUCAUGGCGAACUACACGUCGGGCGCGCCGGUCCGCGGCAACAUGACGCUGAAGGCGACCAUCCGGCCGAUACCGCAGUACCGGCCCAACUACUACCGCCAGGGGCAGUUCAACAACCGCGGCCAGUACGGCGUGCCGCCAGGCUACGGCUCCCAGUAUACCAGGGUUCGUCCCAACGCGAACCCGUACCUGUACAACGAGACGGGUCAGUACGACGCGGCCGGACUGGACGAGUUUGGAAGACCGCGGUACCGGCCCGGGCAGCCCAACCAGCUCGACCAGCCCGACUGGUGGUACGACCAGUCCGCCGUCCGCACCAGGCUCUUCAACUUCGACGAGAAGUACCCGUUCUGGAUGCCGAAGCCGGACCCUCUGCAGUUCACAUCGCAGUACGACCACAACAACCCCAACGACCCGAAUUUUAACACAUACGCAACCUCAUACAACAAUUAUUACAACAACCAAAAUUACAACCAGCUGCCGUAUUUGAGAUUUUUCAAUGGCACGUAUGACUUCAAAUAUCCCAUGUCGGAACUGGCUCAAUUGGUACCAGAAUUAGACGGCGUGGAAGUAAUCAUCACCGCGUCAGUGGGUGAUCCGUUCCUCGACGAAGUCAUCGAGGGGUACAGCAUUGCGAGGAUAUACAACUCGUCACUCUCUGUCACCUUCCUUGGUGGCUCGCCGCAGGUGUUCAAGCCAGCUAUGCCUUUUGAUGUUUACAUGGUGGUGUCGUACCACGACGGGUCGCGGCUGCCGCGCUGGCGGGCGGCGGGCGUGGCGCUGUCGCUGGCGGUGGGCGUGGAGGGCCGCGGCGGCGCCGUCGAGCCGCAGCGACCAACACUCGUGGCGGCGCACGACGCCGUCUGGCACGUGCGCCUCGACCUCUACAAGCUGCUCAAAUUGGAGCGAGACCCGAACUACCGUGAGACGCUGAAUGGCAUCACCGGAGUGCGUCUGAACGCACAGCUAACGGACGCGCUGGGAGGCCGCGCCACGGCCGACAUGCGGCUUGUCCCUCAUCACAGUCCUGGCGGCCGCCACCUCCGUAUCUCCACCACCACUACCGACGCUAGGGUCGGGGAGUACGUGAUUUUCCACGUGCAAAGUAACUUCUAUAUGGAGACAUUCAACUAUGUUGUCAUGUCCAAGGGCAUCAUACUCACAAGCGCACAGGAAAAUAUGCAGGAGGGCGUGCGCACGUUCGCGGUGUCUGUGUCGGCGGAGAUGGCGCCCGUGGCCACCGUGCUCGCGUGGAGCGGCGGGCGGCGCGGCGCCGUCGUCGCUGACUCGCUCACCUUCCCCGUCAACGGCAUCUCCAGGAACAACUUCACGGUGUAUAUAAACAACCGCAAGCACCGGACUGGCGAACGUGUGGAGAUAGCGGUGUACGGCGAGCCUGGUGCCUACGUGGGGCUGUCCGCCGUUGACAAUGCCUUCUACACCAUGCAGGCCGGGAACGAACUCACGUAUGCUAAGGUGAUCUCGAAGAUGGCGCGCUUCGACGAGGCGACGAACGGCACGUUCGCGUACACGUGGCGCUCGCACCGCGGCGACGCAGACGACCUCGUCUACUUCCCCUCCUCCACCUUCGGCAUCGACGCCAACAGGACCUUCGAGUACGCGGGCCUGGUGGUGUUCAGCGACGUGACGGUGGCGCGGCGGCCCAGUGUAUGCAACAGCAGCGCAGGCCAGCUCGAGUGCCUGGAGGGCGGCUGCUACUCGCACGAGCAGCGCUGCGACGGCCAGGCUGACUGCCUCGACCGCACCGACGAGGCCAACUGCGAGCACGAGAGCAGCAUGGAGCUGACGCACUUCCGCAAGUUCCGGUUCAACCGCGUGCAGCGCCAGUACGACAACGUGUGGGUGUGGCGCGACGUCAACAUCGGCCCGCACGGACGCUACGUCUUCACCGUCGACGUGCCACAGGUGCCAGCUCACUGGAUGGUGUCUGCGAUCAGUAUGUCGCCGUCGCGAGGGCUUGGAAUGCUGAACAAACCGUUAGAGUACGUGGGCGUGCUGCCGUUCUUCAUAAAAGUGGAAGGUCCAGACCGGAUCCGGCAGGGCGAACAGGUGGGGCUGCGUGUGGUCGUGUUCAACUAUCAGCCGCAGAACAUCGAAGCGGUCGUCGUACUCGAGGCCUCCAACGAUUACAAGUUUGUACACGUCGAGGAGAACGGAAUCGUGGUAUCAUACAACCCGCGCACGUCGUUCGGCGAGCACCAGUUCUUUGUGUACAUCAUAUCGGGUGACGCGGCCGUGGUACACGUGCCCGUCGUGGCCACGCGGCUCGGCCUCGUGCGGGUGCGGCUGCAUGCAGCCACGCUGCAGGGCAGGCACCACUUCACCAAGGACCUGCUCGUCGAGGCGGACGGUAUCCCCCAGUACCGUCACCAGUCGAUCCUCCUCGACCUGUCGAACCGCGCGUACGUCUUCCAAUACAUGCACGUGAACGUGACCGAAACGCCGAUCAUACCGUACGAAGUCGACCGCUACUACGUGUUCGGGUCGAACAAGGCGCGCGUGUCCAUCGUCGGCGACGUCGUGGGACCACUGUUCCCAACGAUGCCAAUCAACGCGACCAGUCUGCUGGACCUGCCUAUGGACUCAGCCGAGCAGAACAUGUUCAGUUUCGCGGUGAACAUGUACCAGACGCUGUACAUGCGACUCAUCAACCAGCGGAACCGCACGCUCGAGCGGGACGCCUUCUACCACAUGAACGUGCUCUACCAGCGGCAGCUGUCCUUCAUGAAGCCGGACGGAUCGUUCAGCCUCUUCAGAAGUGAUUGGAACCAGUCUGCGUCUAGCGUUUGGUUGACGUCGUUCUGCGCAAAGAUAUUCCAAGACGCGUCCUUCAACGAGUGGGAAAAUUUCAUCUACAUCGACCCGGAUGUGACGUCACAAGCGGUGUCAUGGGUGCUUCAGCACCAGACGCCAGAGGGCGCGUUCUACGAGGUGACGUGGUUGCCUGACCGCAACGAGAACGACACCAUCGCCUUACCGCGCUCGCAUCCGCUCUACCGCAGCGCCGUCAGCACCGGCGGCAGGGAGGUCAACGGUUCCAUCCUGCUGCAGCGUAACAUCACACUCACAGCACAAGUUGUGAUCACGCUUGAGACAGUGAAAAACCUCAAAGAUAUCGGUCAGAGAGAGGGCCUGAGCGCGCAGGUAGUGCAGGCGCAGCAGCGCGGCGUGCGCUGGCUGGAGCGGCACCUGCAGCUGCUGGACGAGCUGGGCGAGCCGCGCGCGCUGGCCGUCGUCGCCUACGCGCUCACCUUCUCCAAGGCGCCCAGCUCCGAGCACGCCUUCAGGCUGCUCAAGAAGCGGCAGCGCUCCGAGGGCGGUUUAGUGUACUGGGGCAAGGAGCCGGUGCCUCAGCCGCCGUACAAAAUGGAGAACCAGAAGCCGUUCCUGCUGCCGCGGCUGCCGUACAAGUACGACUCGAACAACAUCGCGGCGACCGCGUACGCGCUCCUCGCCUGCAUGGACCACCAGGACAACAACGAGCCCAUUGUCAUGUGGCUUAACGCACAGAGGCUCAAGGAUGGCGGCUGGGCAUCCACGCAGGAUACGUACAUAGCGAUGCGUGCGCUGAUAGAGUACACGAACCGCAAGCGGCUCCGCGACGUGAGCUCGCUGGCCGUCACCGUGGACGCGGUGGCGCUGCGCGGCGGCACCAGGCUGCUGCACGUCGCCAACGACAACCUCGCCAUCAUGCAGAGCGUCGAAAUCCCGGAGGCGUGGGGCACGGUGAAGGUGACGGCGCGUGGCGCGGGAUUCGCGAUCCUGCAGAUGUCGGUGCAGUACAACGUCGACAUCGCGCGCUUCCAGACGCAGCCGCCUGUACCCGCCUUCGACCUGCUUGCACAGCCGCUGCGCUACUACGGCCGCAACCAGUCGCACAUCGAGUUCCAGAGCUGCGCCAGUUGGACCCUGGUGGAGGAGUCGCCUCGGUCGGGGCUGGCGGUGAUGGACGUGGCGAUCCCGACCGGGUACAUGAUCCAGCAGCAGCGGCUCGACGCCUACGUGCUGUCGCGCCGCGUGCCCACGUUGCAGCGAGCCAAGUUCCUGCCCUCCAAACUGCUGUUCUACUUCGACUAUCUGAGCCCGGAGCGGACGUGCGUGAAUUUCACGAUCGAGCGGUGGUUCCCCGUCGCGAACAUGUCGCGGUAUCUGCCUGUCCGUGUCUACGACUACUACGCACCAGAACGAUAUAACGAAUCCAUCUUCGACGCGCUACCUACGUAUCUAUUGAAUAUCUGCGAAGUGUGCGGCUCGUCUCAAUGUCCAUACUGCGCGAUAUACAAUGCUGGACCGCGAGCCGUCGCCGCUGUGCCUCUACUGCUGCUGGCCGUCGUUGUAACUCUAACACGGUAUAUACGACCGCAACUCUUAUCUCACUUGGUCACGUAGUAGAAACUCAAUAACUGUGUAUGCAAUAUUUUAUAUUGGAAACUAUAUUCUAAAUUUAAAAUUUCUCAUUUCAAGAAUCUCGUUCAGGUGGAGUUUGGCUGACCAAUCUCAUGCUUCCCUCAGUCCUUCAGUAUUUAAAUUUAAAAAGUAAUUGUGAAGAGUAUUGCAUAUAUUUGUAUGUGACUGUACAGUGUACUUUUAAUCGAAAUGGUUCUAUGUUCUUAUUUUAAGCUCUGUCAUUAGUCUAACUCCAUCUUUAUGCAAUUUGUUUCGUUCAUAGUUUAUUAUGUAAGAAAUUAUUAUUAUAAAGGAUAGAUAUAUUUUUUUGUUAUAUCAGAUGAAUUUUAUGCACAUAAAAAAAUUUUACUAUUUUUUUUUCAUUAUAGUUUUCAUUACAAAAUAUAUAGCAUACACAUACAUACAGUUAGAACAUAAUUAUUAUGUGUAUGUAUUUAUAAUAUAUAGAAACUGGCAAUUAAUUUGUGCAUUUUGAUAAAUGUUCAAUAAUAUAAAAAAAUAAAACUUGAACAUUGUAUCGGUUGUUGUAUGGGUUGUUCUUUUGAACACAAUAAUUAAUACACAAUUAAAAUUGAAUUGUAGAAUAAUACUGGACUGCUAAUUGUAUGUACGAAACUUAAAUGACCUUUCAUUCUUGACAAGUGACAAACCUAUCAGCAAAUACGUUUAUGUUCCAUUGGAAAGAAGAGAAUGUCAGAUAUUACCGUCUCAUGUAUGCAAUAACGGAGUUUCGUUAUAUCUAUUGAUAGAUUUGUCAUUUGCCUAGAAGGGUUGCCAUUCGCAACAAAAAACAUAAAAGUCACAUUUAUGGCAAUCUUUUUGUAUUCUUGUAAAAAAAUGUUGCUAGGUUAGAGUAAAGAUAUAGCUGAUACUGCAGCAUUUGCCGAUUUAAUGAGAACAUGUUGAUAAGUUAUCACUCUACGAGGUGUAAACAAUUGUAAACACAUUGCUAUGUAGUUCAAUAACAAUUAGUUAGUGUAUGAUUUUUGUAUGAAAGUAAGUUUUUUAGUCAAAUGUUCUCGAAAAGUAUUUAUAACACAACUUGUGUGAGCAAGACAGUUGGAUUGAAACAUUAUGUCCAGUAACAUUCGAUGUUGGUUAACUGUUGCUCAACAGAUGUUUACCAAGAAUAUGUGGUAUAAAGCAUAGAAAUUAGCAUUUCGCGGUAAGAUUUUAUUAACAAUACUAGUGUGCGAGUUUUAGAGAUUAAUCUAUUGCCAAUAUAUAUAUAAAUGGGGGCCGAUUUUUACUUGUCAUUUCUCUAAACUUGUCUCUUACUCUAAUGUUUUAAUUUAAUUAUUUCGCGGAAUUACUGUUUUAUGGACUAUCAUGAAAUAAAAUUAUAAUAAUUUUGAAUUAAAUUUUUUAUAAAAUUAGUUUAUAUUGGUUGUAACAUAUUAAAAGAUGUCGCUGCGAUAGAAAAUUGAAAUUUUAAUGACAGUUUUAAAGAAACGGCGCGUCAGAAUCGACUCCGUUGUGAACUUAAAUAUUUUAGUGUGUAUGUUAUGUUUUUGUUACUAACCACCGUUUAGCAAUAAUGUGUAUUUAUCUAUUCGACAUCUGAAAAUGUAUUUGAUAUUGAUAGUAAAACCAUAAUGAAAAAAGUUAUUCCUAGAACUAUUGUUACCAAUAUGUAAUAAUCAAUAAUAACUAAUACAAAAAUAUUUACCUGCCAGUGUUUACCGUCCUUGAUUGAAGGUACAAUUUUAUCGAUCUAACGCUUUAGCGCAAUAAAAUGGUCUCUAUUUUAUUGAACGUAAAAUUCAAUAUCUAUUUGUAAUCUUCCACACUGAGAGAUUGCGGUACAAGACGUAGUUUGUUUUAUUUUAUAGAUGAAUUUUAUAAAAUAACGAUACUGUUUUCUACUUAUAUAUCAAUAAAGUACCAUUUACUGUGCUAAGUAUUACUGUUUUUAGGCAUAAGAUCAUUGGCCUCAUGUUCAUAGGCAUGUAUGAGAUAGAUUUCCAGUUUAUUCCUAAUACUUUUUAAUUAGUGUUUUCUUCCAUUCCAAGAUAGUAUUUUAGAAUCAUUUACAAAUAAUUAAUAAAACUACAGUGAUGUAUGUUAACGAGUGAUAACAUUACUGUAGUAAAUUGAAAACACAGUGAAGGUAAGCAUGAUUAGUUCAAAUGUUUAUUACGUGUUUAGAACAGACCGUAUUAUGAUACUUAUAUGCAAAACCUGAUAGUUCAACAUUCCUUAAUUUUAAUACCCAAUUUAUAUCUAUAAUGUAUGGGUAGGAACAAUCAUACUAAUGAUGUUAAUAAUCCAUUAUUUUCACUUCAUUCAUUUCAUUCCUAUAAACCUAUUUUAACUAUUAUCUGUUUUGUCAUUUUUUUUUCAAAGAAUUUAGAUGAAAAGGAAAAGACAAAACAGUUCAAUAGAUAUGUUGUAGAAUUUUUUUAAAUUUUUCUACUAUCUAUUGAUUUUUAUUUUUUCAAACGAGACACUACUAUCUACCCUGUUAUAUAUGGUCAGACACAGCAGGAUACAAAAAAAAAAAAACUUUUUGUAGAUAUUAUAUCUAUUUCUCCUUAAAACUUUCUUAUUAAUGUUAAUAUUAAUUUUUGUUACUUAAGUAUUUUUCCCUUUUUACCAUCAUUUUAUUGGAAUAACAUGUGCAUAUCAUGGAUAAUAAACUCAUACUAUCAUAUCAAUGCAAAUUAUAUAGAUUUACACAUAUUACAUGAUGAAAAAUAGCAUAAAAUGCAAAAGUGUAAUUUUAUUAUGUACACUUUUAAUUAUAUAUUUCUGUGUAAAUAUUGUAAUGUAUAUUAGUUAUUACUCUAAGCUUAAUUUUCAUUUAAAUCAGAAUAUAAAAUAAAUGGUACUUGAAUUAAGAUUACAAAUCAUGUCAAUCAUUAUGCCUUAUUAGUGUGAAGACAAUAUGAGGAAUUGAUAAAUGUCUCGAAAUAUAUUGGGAGUAUUUUAUAUACAAAGAAAAGAAUCUUUAUUAUUGUUUUUAUGUAUUUAGACAUGUAAGAAUUUUUCGUAAAUAUGACUACUAUGUCAUUUAAAUAUCUAUAACACUUUAUAUUUUUUAAAUUAUUACUUUUAUCAGAUCAAAAUAGUUUACAGAAAAUGUAUUAGAAAGAAAAAUAUAGAAUAGUAUGUCUAAACAUUGCCUAUGUAAUAAAUUUUUAAAAAAGAUGUGUAUAAAUUUAUAAUAUUAAUAUCAUUAUAAGAAGUGAUGUGUGAAUUUUAUAAGAAUCUCAAUAGGAUUGAGUGGCGACCGACUCAUCUUUACUUAAGUAGUUUCCGUCCAAAAUUACCAAUGACUGAUUUUUUAUUUACCUUUGUAUUAUUAUGUACUUGUGUGUAAUAUUUUGUCUAAGUUGUUACACAGUAUGUAUUGUAAGAAAACUGAAAUCUCAUUAUGAACUCAUAAUAGAUUUAUUUCCAAAUAAAAAACUUUCAAGUGA